AUGAAACAACGUGUUCAGUUGCAUAUUUACGAUAUUAGUAAUGGGAUGGCUGCUCAACUAUCACCAGUCCUAUUAGGUAGAAGUAUUGAAGGUAUUUAUCAUACUGGAGUCUUAGUAUAUGAUUUUGAAUAUUUUUAUGGAGGUGGAAUUGUUUGUGUAAAGCCUGAAGAGAUAUAUAAAUUAUAUGGUUUACAUCCAAUCCGUACAUUAUGUUUAGGCACUACUGACAAAAGUCAACAAGAGUUAAAUAAUUACCUUAUAUCAAUAUCUAACAAAUUUUCUAGUGAGAAGUACGACUUGAUUAAUCAUAAUUGUAAUCACUUCUCUGAUUCAGUAGUCAGAUAUCUAAUAGGGGAAGGAAUCCCAUCGUAUAUUUUGGACCUGCCAAAUGAAGUGAUGAGAACUCCUUUUGGCUCUAUGAUACUGCCAAUGUUGCAAAAGGUUCAAAAAAGUCAGAUGAUACGUUCUGUUACUAACAUAUGGAGUAACAUAAACUUGAGCUCUUCUAGCAUCGCAAGUAGUUCUGAAGAAACUGGUAUUAUUCUAGAAGGGAAUACCAAAGAAUUCUAUGAAUGCUUAACCAAAAUAGUUGAAUCACAAGGUCAAGCAUGUAAGAAUGCUUUAGAAACUCUAGAAACCAUACUUUUAAAUAUAUUAAGUUAUCCAAAUGAGCCCCGCUACAGAAGUAUUAAAUCUACAAGUAAUGUACUUAGAAAUUCAUUGCUAAAUAUAGAGGAGGGUUUGAAACUACUUGAAUUGACUGGAUUUCAUGAAGUUACAAUUAAUGAUCAAACAAAAUAUGAAAUAAACCUUUCCUACCCUAUAGAGGGUUCUGAGAAGGCUAGACUUGAAGGUUAUAUUCAAACUAUUAAAUAUGUUUUGAGUUCUUUGCAUACAUCUAGUGAAGAAGAUAAGUCUCUAUAUAAUAAGGUCUUGGAAGAUAGGUCAGAAAUAAAUUAUAUUGAGAAAUUAAGUGAGAUAAAAUCCAUGGGAUUUACAGAUAGUCAGAAGAUACUAAAAAGCUUAUAUAAAGCAAAGGGAGACUUGUCUCUCGCUAUAAGUUAUCUAGUAGAAGAUCAUCUCUAA